GAUAGAACUGUGAUUAACCCUCGGCACUACAGACUACAGUCCUGCCUGACCACUCAGUUCAGUGUGUUCAGUCUCUCAGACUCCAGUGGGUGGGGCUUUGGAUUGGAUUGUGGAGAAGCCCAGGCCCAGGGGUCGUUUAAUAGGAAGUCCUUCUUCUUAUAGGCCUAUUCGCUCACUCAUUGACUGUCGUGACCAGGGAAAUCAAAACUCUGCUGACGAUCAGAUCUGUAAGAUUAAUAGGCCCAAGCCCUAUGUCAUUUUCUAAAAGUAAACUACUCCUUCCAUGGACAGCCUUAAGAUGUGGGUGUGAAAUGGCAUCAUCCAUAGCCCAUACACCAGCAAAGAUAGGAAUUGAAGUUCGGGGUGUUGAUCUUAAGUCUGAACAAUCAAAGGACAUCAUUGAAAAAAUCAAGAGUGACGUUCAUAAACAUCGUCUUGUGAUUUUUAAAGAUCAGGGUCAAAUUAGUGGAGCUCGUCAUGUGCAAAUAAGUGAGUGGUUUGGAGAUAUUGAGUCAACAUUCUACAAGCAUCCAAAGUCCCCCCAUCCUGAUGUGUUCCGAGUGUCUAACGAUGAGAGAGAGGGAUGCCGGAAUGUGGGAAGAACAGGGUGGCACAUUGAUGGCUCCUUCAUGAUGGAACCCUUCAACUAUGCCAUUUAUCACAUGGUGUCAAUUCCUAAGACAGGUGCAACAGCUUUCAUUGGAUUUGAAGAACUAUUGAAUUCUCUCUCUCCUGAGCGCCGAGCAUCAUGGGAACGUCUUUGGAUGGUUGGCAACAGUCGAGAUGUAGUACAUCCUCUGAUAUAUUCACAUCCUGUGACCAGGAAGCCGGUGCUCUGUUUCCAUUUGGGCAUGAUUGGUUGCUUCAUCUGGAACUAUGGAUCAAAACAUCAGAGAGUGACGGAUAGAAAGGAGACAAUAAAGAUUUUACAAGAAAUUCAUGGAGAAAUUGUGAAAGAGGAUGAAAAGUUGGUGUACAAACAUAAUUGGGAACCGGGCGACUUUAUCAUCUCCGACAAUCGAGCUGUGGGCCAUGAAGCCACCCCUGAGACUCAGUUCCCAGUGUCUGAUGUUGGCCUGAGAGUUCUGCACAGAACCACACUGGCUGGGACAAGUAAACCCAAGAAAUGAAUCCCAGCUGCUUUAAUUUUAAUAUUUCAGUGUUGUCAUACUUUACUUUACUUUUCCGAUCUAGCGGCCAUUUGGGUUCUAGCCCUUCGGUCUGUCAAUGUUGUCAUCAAAGUUUACAUUUUGCUAUGGUGUUGCCUUCACAUAAUAUAUGGAGCUUGAUCCCUGUGGGAUCAUCAUUUUUAUUGCUGCUAAUUUGGUUUUUAAAAGCAAGAGACUUGGGUAUAAUAGUUUGAUUGGUACAUUAAUAAAAUUGGUCUAUGUCUCUGCAUCUAGGGCUUUGUCAGAAACAAAACAAAUAUUUUAUCACCGUCAUCAUCAUCACCAUCGUCAUCGGCACACGCCCACAUUAUAACUUUAAAGUUUUCCCAGUACUGUGGUUUCUUAGAUAAUAGGGAAUAAGAAUCAGAGAUACACUCCCAACAUUUCCCUCAAGAUGUCAUAACAUUGUCUCAAAGAAGUGAAAUCAAAGUAUGCCCUACUUCUCAGUGGAACACAAAUAAUGUGGGAAUUCAAAUUAUAGCUUUGUUCUUGAUGGAAAUUGCAUGAAGUAAGUAUUAAUCAAAGGAUGUUACAUUCUAUUCGAACUCAUUUUUUUUGUCCAAAUUAAUCGUACCGUUCAUACAGAUGGUGUGAUUCAGGAGAGUUAUAAAAGAUUAUUUUCUUUAGGAUAAGUGCCAGUACCAAUGGCAUAGUCUCAAUGGAGUGGGGAUAUCAUUGCAAUUUAGCCUGACACACCUUAUUUUUAUGACAGCCCGACAGAAUAUACUUGCGUAUGUUUUAGUUAUUUUAGCUUGGUUUUGUGCUUCCUAAAACAAUAGAAUACACUAGCAAUUAAUUUCAUGGUUCACAAGAAUAUAAUUUUUUUUUUAAAGUUUUGAUGUACAGUACAUCAUGUACUAUCAAAAGCACAGCUGUGAUGUAGCCUCCGUAGACCUGUUCCCUGUUGCUUGCCAAAUUUGGUUUUGAACACACUUUUGCACUUUUGUGUAGUCAGAGGGAACAUACAUGGUAUUUUGGUAACCCCUGAUGUAAACACAGUCAAACCUGUCUGAGAAGACGACCAAUUGUGGAGGAGAAAAGUGAUCAUCAUAGACAGAUGGUCCUCUGGGACGUUAUCAUUGUAAUAUAAAAUUGCAAGGGGGGGGGGGGGAUCGUUUGUUCAGGUGAUUGUCUUGACUCAUGUGCAGUUACAAAUGCUAUAACCCAGUGCCCAUGUAACCCCCCCUACCCCCAUCCCUUCCCCCGCACUUGUGUUCAAAGAUACUAUUUUACUGGAUAAGUAAUCACCUUCCCAUAUUUUGGGAGCAGUCACUUUCUGCCUUGUACCUGAGUAAGAUUUCAGUGCAGUCAUUCUGCCAAAGAUCAUGAAAAUAUGUUUAUAAUUUUCACAAUGCUGUGAUUUCUAACCUUUUCUUGCCAUUUGAGUAAAGGUUGCAAAACAAA